UAGGGUGUACGCGCUGGCCCACAUUUCUUCAAAAAUUAUCUCGAAAGUUUAACAAGCCAAACAAAAUAACAAUGCCUGAUGCUGAACAAUUGCCCGAUGGCUGGGAGAAGCGCACAAGUCGCUCCACAGGUCUCAGCUAUUAUCUGAAUGUGCACACCAAGGAGUCGCAGUGGGAUCAGCCCACCGAGAUAGCCAAAAAAUCGGGCUCCAACGCCGCCGAUGGACCGGCCGAGGUGCAGUGUCUCCAUUUGCUGGUGAAGCACAAGGGCAGCCGUCGCCCGAGCUCGUGGCGCGAGCAACAUAUCACACGCACCAAAGAGGAGGCACAGCUCCUGCUCGAGGUCUAUCGCAACAAGAUAGUUCAGCAGGAGACCACAUUCGAGGAGCUGGCCCGCUCCUAUUCCGAUUGCAGUUCGGCCAAGCGUGGCGGCGAUCUGGGCAAGUUUGGACGCGGUCAAAUGCAGCCACCCUUCGAGAAGGCCGCCUUUGCCUUGAAUGUAGGUCAACUCUCUGGCAUCGUGGACACCGACUCGGGCCUGCACAUCAUACAGCGCAAAUCCUAGACACCCAGCCCCCCAGCAUAAGCAUGAAAAUUACAAAAAAUAUAUGUAUAUUAAGCGGCUGCGUAAAGGCGCCUAAAAAAAAAAACAAACAAAAAUGAAAAAAAAACUUCGCCUAAAGGCGCACCAAAUAGAAGGUUAAAUUUAAACGUAAAGGCGCUCCAGAAGAAGGUAACUUAGAUUACGAAAAAGAGCUCCAAAAGAAGUGAGAUCAAAGAGUGAAAAGGAGUUCCUGAAGAUGGAUACAUAAAUGUACGAAAAGGCUUUACAGGUGGAUAGAUUUAACUUUGUAAAGGCGCUCCGGAAAAAGCACAUAAUCUAUAAACUACGAAAGGGCGCUCCAGAAGACGGAUAAAUUAAAUUACGAAAAGGCGUUACAGGAAGGUGAAAUGUAACUAAAUAAAAAGCGUUCCCCGGCUCCCAGGUUAAAUGUAAA